CAAGGGGGUCAUGCUGGAGAAUGCCUGGAACCUACUAUCCCUGGGGCUUCCAGUUCCCAGAGAAGAUGUGGUCUCUUAUUUUGAGCAAAAGGAAGCACCAUGGAUGCUGGAGCAAGAAGGCCUGAGGAGCUGCUGUCUAGGUUGUAUUAGUGGUAUGGUACACAACAUGCUUCUGACACAGGGAAAUUACUUUUGUGUUACUUUCAAAUCCCUUUACCUCUCUAGGCCUCCAUUUUUUCCUCAUUUGUUCCUCAUUUGUGAAAAAACAAAAGAGAACAUGCACAUUUAAAU